CAAUGUAUUGAAUAUCAUGCAAAGUUCACUUCACAUAUAGAUGUGUUGUUUCGUUUUGGAAGAACAGGGAUAUAUAGCUUUUAGGUGUUCCUAUUUUGUUUCCUCUGAUUUCCGUUCCGUUAUCGUUGAUUUCAUUCGUUGGGCUAACCUUAGAAGUUAGAACUUAGAAGAUGGCGAUUUCCACGAGAUCACAUUAUUCCACUCUAGUGUUCAUGGUUGUUCUUUGGUGCAGUCACGUGAGUGUUGCGACGAAAUCUCGUCUCGUGAUUGGCGGCCUGGCGGGUAUCGAUAUUCAAAAUGAGGGUUGGUCGAGCGCCGGCGUGAUACCAGCCGUAGAACUCGCUUUGGAAAGAGUCAAUAACCAUUCGGAGAUUCUGAAGGAUUAUUACUUGGAUAUAGAAUGGAAAGACUCGAAGUGUGCGAGUGGUUUUGGUAUAAAAAGCAUGAUUGAGCACCUCACCGAAACGCCGUCAAAAAUUGCAUUCCUCGGACCUGGUUGCUCGAUUGCAGCCGACCCGGUUGCUGAGACGCUGCCAUUUUGGAAUCUCACCGAGAUUAGCUUCAGCCUGACAUCGCCAAUCCUAUCAAACAAGGAAAAAUAUCCCAAUAUAUACCGCAUCAAUCCCUCAGAGAUCAUCCAUGAUCCAGCAUUGUUGGCCUUGACGAAUCAUUUCAAUUGGGAGAGACUUUUCAUCAUCAAACACGAACUGGGUUUAUUUAACUUGAUUACAGAAGCAUUGCAAGCAAUGUUGACAAGAAAUAAGAAAAGAGUUAACGUUGUUGGUUUUCUUAGAAACGCCACAAGUCCAAUCAAAUUAUUGAAGGACCAAGGUGCAAGAAUUCUUAUCGUUUAUAUGUAUGAAAGCCAAGCACGAGAUUUAUUCUGUGCGGCUUUUAAGAAUGAAUUUUACGGUCCAGAAAUCGUGUGGAUUUUGCGCGGAUGGUACCAAAAACAGUGGUGGACUAUACCUGAUACAGAAUGUUCAGUUGAAGAUAUGAGGAAGGUCAUGACAAACGUGAUCUACGCCGAUCAUGUUAAUUACGGAACUAAUAAAAAUGUUACAGUACUUGGAUUGACGCAGGCAGAAUUUCAGGACAAAUACAACGAGUUGAUUCGAAAGAAGAACAGUACGAUCUACGAUGCCAACAAAUAUGCUCCUUAUAGUUACGAUGGUAUUUUCAUGCUUGCUCACGCAUUAAACGCCACGGAAGAAGAGUUGAAAAGAAUGAACCAAUCCCUGCGCGACUUCACGUAUGCACGGCUGGAUAUCACUGAGAUUAUUAAAGAGAAGAUCAGUAAAACGGAUGACAUCGAAGGACUAACUGGCGAUAUCAAACUCGAUAAAAGAGGAGAUCGUAUUGUAAACGUGUGGCUUCAACAACUUCAAGGCGGGGAUCACGAUGUGGUGAACAUUGCUUUAUACAACACAGAAAACAAUUCUAUCAAUUUCUUGCCAUCCAAGAGCUUUAUUUGGGCUGGUGGAGACGUUCCAUUGGACAAACGAGCAGAGACGAAGAUUCUUCUAUGUAUAUCACAGCGGAUAUUUUGGUGGACCGUGGGCAUUUCAAUAUGUGGACUUUUUAUCGCUUUUUAUUUUCUGUGGCUUAAUGCAAAAAACGGAGAAGAAAGGUACUUCAAGAUGUCAACUCCGCCGCUCAAUAAUCUCAUGAUAAUUGGGGCUAUAAUCUCAUAUAUCUACGUGCCAAUUUGUGGAGUUAAAUCCUGCACCAUGAAUGCAACUUUUACCAACUCGAUCCUGUGCAAGAUUGACGCUUUCCUAAUUUCCAUCGCAUUCUCGCUAAUUUUCGGUGCGAUAUUUAUGAAAACGUGGAGAAUUUACAAAAUAUUUACAAACGUAAAAUUAUCUAAACAGUUAAGAUUUCUCACCAACAAACAUUUGAUAAUCCUUGUUCUUUUGUUGGUGGCUUUCGACAUCGCCUAUCUUACGUUGUGGAGCGCUAUUCAUCCUUUGGAAGACAGCGUAAAAAAGGUUUUGACAGAGAAAAACCAGGCCGUAAACAAGGUAUAUUUUGCUCACAAGUGCACAUCUGAGCAUUAUCAAGAAUGGUUCGCCGGCUUAGCUUCCUGUAAGGCACUUCUGAUGCUCUUUGGGAUGUUUCUCACAUGGGAAACACGAAAUGUCUCAUUUCCUGGUCUCAACGACUCGAAGUACAUUGGCAUUUGUGUGUACAACAUCUUCAUAAUCACCACCGUUGUUAUGCCAGUGGUCAUGUUUGCAUUGCCAAUCGACGUGAAUGCCAAAUAUUGCGUCAUCGUCUUCAGUGUUCUUUUUUGUACAACGACCACGCUGGUACUCAUGUUUUUUUCGAAGAUCAAUCCUGGAAGGAAGUCUACUAUUACUCCAACUAACCCCACGAUGACUGUGGACCAGACGAUGGACGUGGUCGAAGCGCGCGAGAGAAAAGCCCACAGAAAAAUGCCAUCGGACAAUGCCCUACCUGUAAACAUCCAAAGCCCUGAACUUUUUUGA